AUGGUGUCAACCGUCUCUGGUGCGCACACUGCAACUUCGUCUGCUCCUUCUUCCUUGGUUUCCGUCAAUCUUCAUCCCUCUUUGCCUCUGAAGCUUUCUUCGACCAACUUCUUGCUCUGGUGCGCUCAGUUCCUGCCAUUGCUUCAUGGUCACAAUCUCCUUGGUUAUGUUGACGGAUCUUUUCCUCGACCAUCUCCGGUGUCCUCUGAUGGUUCCACUGUGCUUUUGACGAUUCUCCUUCUAAUCUUUGGGAUUGUCAAGAAAGGAAUUGCUACUGUUAUGGAAUUUCGUCUUGAGGUGCACUCCAUUGCUGAUGCCCUCGCCGCUAUCAACAGUCCUGCCCUUGAUGAAGAUUUAGUUCUUGCGGUUCUCCGUGGUCUUAGAGACGAUUAUAAGGAUUUUGCCACUUCGGUUCGCCUGCGAGUGGAAUCCAUUUCUUUUUUGGAUCUCUUAGGCUUAUUACUCACUCAGGAACUGUACCUACAGUCCUCUGCCUCUGCCACAACCUCUGGCAUUCUCACUGCCAAUGUUUCUACUCGCGGUGGUUCGGAGAAGUCUCGUGGUGGCUCUGAUAAAUCUUGGUCGCGCUAUCGUGGUGGUUCUGAUCGGUUUCGUCGCUCCAACAACUGGAAUCAGGCUCGAUCCCCUGAUCGCAAUCGUGGUUCUAACAACCAUAUUACUGCAGAUUUGUCUAAUUUGGCCAUCUCCGAAUCAUACAAUGGUUCUGAUGGUGUUAUUGUCGGUAACGGUCAGGCUCUUUCCAUUACUUGUUUUGGUUCUACUUCUAUGGUUUCAUCUGGUCAUAUUUUUUCACACACUACGGUUUUAUGUGUUCCUUCAAUUCACUGUAAUCUGCUCUCUAUUUCUUGA